AUGGAAGCUUGUUCAUCGCCUCAAGUAACGCGUAUAGCGACAUUCCGCUUCAAACCCGAUGUUACCGCCGAGCAAAAGGGCGACCGCGCAGCCGCCUUCAUGGCCCUUUACGCCGAGCAUCCGGAGUUACUCGCCGAACCACCAAAGGGCGGGCGUCCGUUAGAUACCCCACUAAACCUGACGAACGUGAAGAGGGAGAGCAUCUGGGAUAUGGGGUUCACUGUGAUGUUCAAGGAUGAGGCGUCACGACAACAAUUCGAUCUUGAUCCUGGACAUGAUAGACUCAAGAAUGAGACGGAUCCGUUGCUUGAGCAGGUAUUCGUGUAUGACUUCAUCGCGCAGCCGAAUCUCGGAUGGUAA